GUUUUCAAUGUAUUGAUUGCAAUAGCAUUGCAAUACAUAUAUACAGUGUAUUAGACAUAAACAACAUGUGAUCCCAAAUAUAAAACAAUUGACAGUUAAAUGUAUGCAAUAAUUAUGAUAUGAUUUAUUUGUUGAGAUAAUUGUCGGUCCAGUAUAUGUGUGGAUCAGAUGCAGUGAUGAUGAAUGACCACAAUAACAGUCAAAUCAAUCAAUCAAUUGAAGUGAUUUGCAUUUGAUGUCCAUAUGUUUGCCUCAUUGCCGCCGUCGACGACAACGACAACUAUCACUACCACUACUACAAGACAUGUCAACAUCGGAUUGCCGUAAAUGUCGGACCACUCGGAAGUCGAGGACAAGUAGUUGUUCAUCGACACCGACAACAUCAACAUCACUGCCGCCGCCGCCGUUAAUAUGGCUAUUAUUAGUGACACUAGUAUUAUGGCCGUCGUUGUUGACCACUAAAUCGAUGGCCGAUAUAGUGGUCCAACAAUCGGAUACAGUAGCAGACGAUGAAGAGUCCAUCAAUAGACUGGUAAUUAACGUACAAAACGAUGGCCAAGAAGUCUAUCAGGAAGUGAUUACUUCAAACAUUAGCGACGAUUUGAUUAUACUGGACAUGGAUGACACCGACGGCUCAUAUAUUACACAAUUUAUUGACUUUAAAUCGGAAGUACAGAUCUUCCGGAUCUAUCGUUUGGGUGAACAGGACUUAAACGAAAGUGUUUACAAAGUCUACUGUUUUGUAACACAUUUACCUAAAAAUGAGUUCAUCUCCACUGAUGCCAUGUCUAAGCUCAGACAGAGAAAUCCCGGAGCCAUACGUCAGGCUGAAGAUGAUAAGGGAAAAGAGUUAUACGAAAUGGAUCUCCAAAUUGUUGUGAAUAAGUCUUCCAUAAUAUCAAAACAUUUGCCAAAAGUGUGUUCAGAGGCGACAAACUCGACGUUUACCCGUGAAAUUGAUUUGCGAUUUUGGGCCAACACUGAAGUGUUAAAUCGCGACAUCAUAUCGUUGACCUCAUCGGUACACAAAACUAUGACCUCCUCCUCCUCCUCAGCCACCACUACAACCACCAAACGACUACACGAUGCCGUCCAGAGCUGUAUCAUUCAUAGCAGCAGUGUUGGUGAUGGUGGUAAUGGUUCAGACAAUACACAAAUAUUUCGGGGACAGCCAUGUCUAUGUCGGCUACAGAUCUGUGUAAUGUGGUAUCCCUGUGCACUCAAGUACUGUAAAAACAAAGAUAACAACAAUAAUAAUAAUAAUAAAAUCCAGACCUAUCGGUGCGGUAUUAAAACGUGUCGAAAGUGCCGAGACUUUCAAUUUUUAACACAUUUAAGGCAAGACUGUAUGUGGGAUUAA